AUGUUCUCGCUGGAAGAUCGAAUUCAUUUUUAUGUGCAAACAGCGCUAACAAUAAUUCUACGAUUGCAAAUAGUAGAGGAUUUAACUGCAGAAGACCGCUCGUUAACACAAGCAGUAAACCGGCAAAAGCUGAACAGAAUUUUAACGAUGUGUCUCAUGGCGGUCGAAAUCGAUCCGGAAAACAUCUUUGCUAAGUAUUUUCUUUUCUGUCCAAAAAGCAUUCUUUCAAAAGUAGCCACUGUGGAGUUGGCCCGCAUGGAUAAUAAUUUCGAAAAAUACAUAGAAGCGCUUGAAAAGCUGCGAGAUUACGCUUAUACAUGGAUGGAGAGAGUUAGAGAUGGGAAACUUUUCGCAUUCGCUGCCUGGGGUUACCUCUGCAGUGGUUAUUACGAUGAGAACCUGAGCGAUUAUAAGAGCUUAGCCGAAAGAUUUCUGAAAUAUGCGCCUUUUCCUGGUUUCAUUGGAGCGUAUUUUAACUCUGUGGCAGGUCUGGCGCUGAAGCCUGGACAAAAACUGACAAAUGAGCAGACGCUGCAGCAGCUGACGCACUGUCGAACGCUACUCAGUAAAGAUCCUGAGAAUUAUCAUUUAUUUAUAAAUGCAGCUAAUUACAGUUUUCAG